GGCGGGAGAUCGCAAACCAAUUUUACACGCAGAGUGUAGAAGGCUGAGGACCUUUCCAGAGCCUUCCUUCGUCGCCAUGCCCAUAGCACCAUUUUCUAUAUAAAUAAAAAAAAUUCAGAUUUCCAUGGUUUUCAGAGGACAAGCCAAAGGGAAGGGGGAAGAUUAAAGCAAAAAAGACUGAUAAGAAAGGGAGAAAAACGAUGUCGUACCUGUUGCCGCACUUGCAUUCGGGGUGGGCCGUCGAUCAGGCCAUCCUCGCCGAAGAAGAACGCGUCGUCAUCAUCCGUUUCGGCCAUGAUUGGGACGAAACUUGCAUGCAGAGAUAGGAAAGACACUUCAAGAAAAGGAAAGUCCUGCUUUAUAAAAUCGGUUAUGCAUGGAGAAUGUAAUGGCUGCAGUCUGCAGAUGGAUGAAGUCCUUGCUUCAGUUGCUGAAAAAAUAAAGAACUUUGCCGUAAUUUACGUCGUUGACAUAACCGAAGUGCCCGAGUUCAACACGAUGUACGAGCUUUACGAUCCGUCCACGGUCAUGUUCUUCUUUCGAAACAAGCACAUCAUGAUUGAUCUCGGCACCGGAAACAACAACAAAAUCAAUUGGGCACUCAAGGACAAGCAAGAGUUCAUCGACAUCGUCGAAACUGUAUACCGCGGAGCAAGAAAGGGUCGCGGUCUCGUGAUUGCUCCGAAAGAUUACUCGACUAAGUACCGGUACUGAUUAUAUCUCAAUUUUGAAACACUUUAAAUGUGAAUAAUGCUACGUUGCUAUGCUUGUAUGAAUGUGAAACUACGUAGCUUUUACGAGUAUUUCAAAAAAAAUGAAGAGUUAAAAUAACUAGUUGAUCGGUAUUAGACAUUGAAAAGGUUAAAUUUUACUAUUAGUCCCUACA